AUGCCAGAGAAUACGCUAGAAAAUACGCUUGACAAAGAUAAUCGUUUCAUCGAAAAUGAAAUAUUACCCAAUUUACAAACACGUUGGAGAGCCACGUUGAAGCAAAAAGAAUCUAUGGCUAAUAAUUAUCCAAAUCGCUUUGGCAUGCCAACUAUUAAUGCGAAAUCAAACGCGGGGAAAUAUUUCGUAGAAUUCGCAAGUUCUUCGUCUGUGCAUGGUUUGAAUCAUUUGGUAGCACGAAAUAGACAUCCCGUUGAAAUAGUCUUAACUGUGUUCUUCGUUCUUGGUGCUCUAUUGUGCCUGAUCAUUUUGUCGUCACUCUUCUGGGAUCGUUACCAGAAUAAUGCCACAGUCAUCGUGGUGGAUAACAAUCGAGAUGAAUUCGAAAUAUUGAAACCAGCGCUAUUUAUUUGCCCGACAACAAACGUGAACUUAACGGAGAUCCCAGGCGUAUUCAAAAAACACGGUGUCGAGCACACGCCAGAAGCAGAAGAGUUCUUCGUCUUUCUUGGCAAUCUCACUUACGAGAACAUGAUGGAUGUACCAAUCUUCGAUGAAGUUCCAGCAGACAAGUGGCUGGAAAUCCUCUACGACUUGAGAAAGUAUAUUCCUUCGAAUAUGCUGAAAGAAAACGACCCGUACGAAACUUGGGUGGUGACAGAAAGAGGGGUGUGCUUUGCAACGAGGAACAUCUUUGCAGUCUAUGCUACUCUGAACUACUGGAAGACUGAUAAUUGGACUAUUAUUCCUGAACCAGACAAAUUGCCAUUGUAUAAUUACAGCAUCGAUGGUAUACAAGAAAAUGUCCACGUAGAUCACACGGUCCUGACCGCUAUAUAUGAUCCUUUUGAAUUGAUAACAUACGACACUGCAAUGAAGGAGAUGAAACAGAGGACGAUACUAGGUGCUAUCAUGUCGAUAUCUGAGAUCAAGACAAAACAAAACGUCAAAGACCUUAGUGUCCAUCAAAGGAAAUGCAAAUUCUUCAACGAUGGCGGAUUAAAAACUUGGCCGAUUUAUACGAGGAACAUGUGCGUCAUGGAGUGCAGGAUGAAAGUGAUACAGGAUAAAUGCAACUGUCGUCCGCAUUUUGCCAGACCCAUUGGUGAAGAUGUAAGCACCUGCAAUGCAAUGCAGCUUCGUUGCAUUGGUGAAAUAACGAAGAGGCUUUUCCUGUUUGAAACUCCACCCCCUUCUUGCCAAUGUGUCCCAAAAUGCAACAUCAUUUCCUAUCACAUCAAAAGUAGCGCGAAUGCCGAAAUAGACAAAGAAUAUACAAAGAAACAAACAAGUUCUUCAAAUUGUUUCAGAAAACAGAUACCGACAACCUCAUCCCAUAUAACUUUAAUCGUUGAGCUACCGCAAAUUAUCUAUUAUCGAUCGCUGUUGUAUAGCUUCACCGACUUUCUAAAAGAACUAAUAAAAAUUUCUGUAAACAAAUUCAUCGCAGCUGGCGUCGGAGGUGCGGCAGGAUUGUUUCUAGGAGCUAGUGUGUUAUCCUUCGUUGAAAUAUUCUAUUACAGUACCGUACAUCUGUGCUUCUAUAUGAAACAAAUCAAACAGAGACGCAGUAAAAAGGCAAUCGGUACAUCAUGUAACGUCAACUGA